GUUGUCAAACAGGCCAACUCAAGCGGUGAGGUCGAUGUUGUAAAAAUCCUGAAAAAUGGAGACACUUUUGGAGAGCUUGCAUUGCUUCAGGAGGGCCGUAGGCGCGCCACUGUCGUGAGCAAGACAAGAGUGCAAUUGCUCACCAUUGAGUGCGAUCAGUUCAGACGGAUCUUCAUGUCGGAGGCUGGCGUGGCACCGCGGGACUCGGGCAAAUUGCCAAAUUUUAUUGAAUUCUUGAAGAUGCAACCGUUGAUGAUAGACUUUCCGAUCAGCCGACUGAUUGACAAACCUGAGCAUUGUGUCGUUAAUUUCUACGGGUAA